AUGUUACAACUGAGGAAAUCAUUACGUCGUCAAACAGCAAGGAAAAGUAUAAUAGGAGAACGAGAAUUAAAAAAAGAACGGCGUAGAAAAGAAAAAAAGAAAAUAAAUAAAACUUUAAGUGAUGAUGAAUCGGGAGAGAUUGACGCCUUAAAUCCAAUCAUUAUUCAAAAAAUUUUGGAUAGCGAAGUUUUAGAAAAACGUAUUAAAGAAGAUCUUCUCAUAAAGCAGAAAAUGAUGUCUCCGAAACCACCACCAAGAAGAGCAACAACCGAAUUACAUUUAUCAACUGAAAUAAAUCAAUCGAGUGACACCACUACCGCCGCUCAUACUUUUAAACGUCACAAGACCACGAAUUCUCUAUUAAUUGCUCCCUUGCCUGAUAGAAGAUCCGUUAAAUCCGAAUUAAAUAACAGAUCAUUAUAUAAUUCAAUAGAUUUUCCAACAUUUCCAGCACAUUUAUCAAGACAUUCUUAUUACACAGAAACCUGA